GUUGCUAGGAGACGCCGGGCAGUGAGCGUGGAGGGUUGCCCAGCAGGGGAUGGAGGGCGCCGCUUGCUGAUAGUGACUGAUUUGUUCAGCGCAGACUUGCUCAAGGCUUUGUAACUGAGAACAUGGAUUUAGUGAUCAGACAGCAGCUGUCUGCAGCUCAGGACCACCAAGAUACUCAAGCUUUGAAGAAUGCUUACAAGUUGAUCAAAUCAGACAAUCAAGGGAAAUCUGCACUUGAUUCAUCAGAGAGCUUUAGCUCUGAUUUAUAUGUCUUGUGUGCAGAACAAGCAUUACAGUUGGGAUAUCAGGAAAUUAGCAGUGACUGUCUACAGAUGUAUUUUAAAGGAAGACAUCCAGUAAACCAGUUUAUGGGUAGAGCAUACCUGUGCCAAGGCCAGUUGUACACCCCACUCUCCACAGAUAAUUUGGAAAAUUUUGAGAAGUUUGUAAUGUACCUAAUGAAAGCAUUAGACUUUGCAAUACACGAUCCAAGAUAUUAUUUUUUAAUAUAUAAUUCAUCAGUCCUUUACUGGCAGAUUGUGAGGCCAUAUCUUAAGCCUGGGUUCCGCUACCUUCUUAUUCCCAGCCUAUCUCAGAUUGUAACAGCAUUAAAUCAAGCUGAAGAACAAGACAAGCAAUGGCGAGCAGAACUCAUGAUAGAGCUACUUGAGUGCUUUUUGGAUGCUUCAAAAAUGAAAGAAGCAGUGGAUUUUUCAUCCACAGCAGCAGCAUUCAUUAAAAAUAAUGUUCCAGAUAAAUACCAACACAUAUUUACUCUAAUGGUACAUCACAAACUAAUGAAUACUUCCCAGAUAGAGGAAGACAUACAAAGCUCCGUCAGUUUGUCAGUUAUUUAUAAAAUUCAAACAAUAAAAUCACAAUUGGAUACAAAUGAAUUUCCGAUAGAAGCCACAACAAGUCUGAAUACUGUGUUUGAACUUUUGAAACAGUAUGGUGAGGAUUCUUCAGUUUCAGUACUUGAUGAAAAAAUUCCUUUGCUUUUAGAAUUGGCUCGUCUUUCUUUGAAGUUAAACUGUACCCAACUUGCAUUUGAUUGCAUACAUGAUUUAAAGAGAGCUGGGAUUGAAGAGCCAGGAAAAGUGAUUGAAAUAGAAUGCUUGGAAUGUGAAUAUGAAGUCCAAAAACUUGGCACUAAAAUUGCAACCUAUACUAAAGGUGUUGUUGAGUCUCAGCUGAAAGUGAUAAGAAGACUUGAACAAGCAUUGCAACGUGCAGUUCGACUGGGAGACCCCAGUGUUAUUCAGGUGGUUUGUGCUACACAGUGGAAUCUUUGCCUGCCACUGUUACAACACAAUUUGCAUCAACAUGUGCGAAAACCAUUAAUAUCUGUUGCUGAAAUCUUAGAAAAAAUUGACAGCUUGUUGGUUUUGCUACGUUGCCAAGUUCAUAUGGAAAUUGCUCAUAUUGAAGAAGAUGAAGAUAGAAUAGAGGCUGCCAUGGAACAUUUUCAGAAGGCAAUAUAUCUAGAUAAUAAUGGGCAAUACCAGGAACAUCUUAAAAUGGCUUUUCAUCGUCUUCACUUAUGCACUAUGUUGUAUAAAUCACCUGAGCGCCUAGAGGAUCAAGCAAUUAUGAUGAUUGAACAGGCUAAAAAAGGAAAGCAGAAAGACAGUGUGAGGAAAAAGCGAUCUCUUUUGGUCAAUGCAGGUCUUGCACUAGCUCCGGAUGCAUUUCAAAUAGUCCUUGACAGUGAAAAUGAAGCUAAAGUUUCUUCAGGUAAAUGUAGAAGCCAAAUAAGUUAUCUCUGUGCAAAAGCACAACAUCAUACUAAAAGUGUGGAGAAAGCUGAAGGACAUUUGAAACGAUUAGGACAUGGAAAUGACAAGGAGAGAAUAAGUCUUUGGGCAGAUUUGGCAAAAGUUGCACGGAAACAAGGAGUAUGGGAUGUGUGCCGGGCAGCAUGCAGAUUCUGUCUCUUGUAUGAUGAUACUCAGGUGAGGAAGGUACCACAAUCUAAAAAAUUACAAAAGAAGAAAGCUAGUACAAUUGUGAUGGAUGAUAAUCGAGGUGGCAGCGUACAAAUGGAAUCAUCCUGGCCCAUUAAAUCAUUCUCUUUUGAAAGAGAUUUACUCAGAACAUUAGCAGAAAUAAGAUUCAUUAAUGCAGAGGCGACUAUUCAUUUGUUAAGACUAGAAGGUAUUCAGCUGAAUGAUCAUGCUGUCCUUCCUGAAGACACAAGCCAGCAUCCCACAGGAUAUAUUUCCAAACUUCCUGAACAGGAUCCAGAAUGGAUGACAUACAGUACCUGGAUAGACCACUUAUCCCAAUAUGCUAUGGAAAACUUUCUGCGGGCUGCAGAAAUGGGAGAAGAGUUAAAUGAGGCCUGGAUGGUUCACAAUGCAGUGGUGUAUAUAUUAAAUCACAAUAAACAUCUUAUAGCUUCAGGAAGACAGCGAGAGAUUGUUGAGUCCCUGCAGAGUCUUCUCAUUGCAAUGAAGAAUACUGGACACAGUGGAAAUACUGUUGUUUUGGUGAUGUUAUGUAAUGCUUUGGCUCGAGGCCUAAUUCUUUGUUGGAUUCCGGUUUUGAAGAUUGAUGAGAAGAAAAAGAUAGAUGCAGCAACAGACAAAAGUAAAAGGGCUUCAAUAAGGGGGAUUGAAAAAACAAACAUUGUCCAACCUUUUUCAGUGGAUCCAAAUGGAUUCCCUGAUAUUAAAGCAGCCUUAGAGGUUUGUGAAUUUGCCCUGAAUUUGACAAAUGGAAACAUACCUAGUGAACUGGUACCUAUAGUUGUUCGACAACAUAUCAUUGCUACCUGGGUGAAAGCAAAACAGUUACUACAGCAGCAAAUUGGGCAUAAACUUGGAACAGAUGAUGAGAAUGAUGAUGGACAAAACCCAAUCACAAAAGUUCUUGUGGCUUUGGAAAUGUACUCAUGUAAUGGCUUGGGUCUCAUGGACUUUACUGUUCUCAGUUUGUCUCAGUUGGUGAAAAUGACAUUAGAAUGCAACUGGCCAGAUCCAUUAGUAGAACUGCAGACAUUGACAAGACUUACACAUUUUGCAUAUGCAUCACAUGACCAUGAAAUAGUGAUGACUUGUUCCCAAAGAGCCUUGCAAUUAGAUGAUGCAGUUCUGUAUGGUACAGAUACGAAGAAACAUGAAAUGACUAGAAGGGACCUCAAGAAACAUAUACAGGAAGUCCUCAGAUUACAAAUGACCUCCUGCUUCCAAUUACACAAGGUCAUUUUUGGAGAGAACUUCUGCAGUGAGUCCAACAAUUCUUCUAUAUCAUCCACCUUCAGUUCAAGGGAUGAUUACACAGCAAGACAAGAAAUGUUAAGCACCGCUGCUUGUAUACAAGGGAGGAGUAUAAUGGAAAAUUUGGCUGGAAAAAAGCAUUUGCGCUUAGCAGCAUCAAAAGCUUUUGUUCAAAGUGCUAGAUAUGCAGGUGAAACAGGAAACUGUGCCCUUGUAAUGCUGGCAGCUAGAUACUUCUGGAAUGCAUGUUUACCUUUUAUAGGUUCUCCAUCAGACAGAGAACAGCUUAAAGAGCCCACAGAAACCAUUCUCAAAAACAUCAUUAAAGCAGAUAAAAAUAAGCAGGGAACAAAAAAUAUGUUGCAGCUUCAUCAGUGGCCUACAAAGGAUUUUCAAAGUAGUGAAUCAUUAGAAGGUCAUUUUCUCCCAGGUACUGAAGAGGAUCUUACAUUAAGAACAUCCCUGUAUGGGUUAUUAUUUCACAUGUAUGCUGAUAAAAGUGAUUGGGAGACAGGGCUAAAAGUGUUAGAUGAAGCUAUUCAAGUUCUGCCUCGGACUAAACAUAGACUUCUAAUUUUCAAACAUAUGGUAAUAGUGAAGGCAAGACUUGGACGUAACUUUACAAUGGACAUUCAGAAAUUCAAGGAUGAAAGUGAGAACUAUUUAUCCCAUAUGUGGCAUCGUCUGGCACCAAUCUCCAAAGGCAUUGUUGGGCAGUUAACCUGUUAUCACAAUGCUAUUGAAGCUUUACAGAAACAAGAAAGUGAGUGGCAGAAAGUUGACUAUCUAAUGGAAUUUGCAGAAUGGCUAUACUGCAAUCAGUUUCCUCUUAAUGGUGUUAUUAAACAUCUGGACUGGGCAAUAGAUAUCUUGCUACAUAUGAAACUUGACAUAGGACCUUUUGAGGAAGAAGAGAAAAACAUUAAACAAGAAAUACCAUCUCCAGCAAAGCUAAAGGUAGACUUUGGAGUAAAUGUUACAGUUACCCAAACUGCUAAUGAAGAUUUAAGAAACAUAAGGCAGUUGGAAAUGUUGUUUAGAGCGCAUACUUUAAUGGCUAUAAUUUCUGGCCAUAGUUCACCUUUUCAUCAGCAAAACUGUUUGAUGGCUUAUGCUUACAUCAUUCGUAUCUGGCAGGUUUCAUUGUCUGCAGCAGGAUCUAUUAUAAAAACAUUACCAAAAUCCUCACCAUCUACUGCUUCCCAGAAUGCACAGUCAGCCACACCUAAGAAAGAUAAAGGCAAAAAGGAUGCAAAACAAUCAAGCACCCAUAAAAAAGACCAAGCCCAAAAGGAGGCCAAACUGGAGAAGCCUAAACGAAAAGGACCAGUUGAAGCAUUACCAGUGAGUGUGGAGGAAUGGGCUACCUAUGACUGUCCUGAUGAAGUUAGAGAUGCUUUUAAACAAGAAACAAGCUGUUAUGUUAUUAACCGGGAUAAUAUUCUGGUACCUACCUACACUUUAUAUUUUAUGGAUCUUUUGGCUAAAGAGCUGCAGAAAAUUUCUUGCAACCACAUGACUCUUCCCAUCUUUCAACUGGCUGAGGUUAUUGCUCAUGAUGUUGUGGAAAGUAAAAGUCUAUCUGAUCUCUACCAUCUUAGAAUCUCCCUGGUAUGUUCUGAUAUAAAAUUGAACCAGGCAUCCUUAUAUCAUGAGAACGCAGUUGGAGAAACAUAUAUUAAUGAAGUGGAACAGGCAAAGUAUAGACAAGAAAUUGCAUUAAAAAAAGGGAAAAUUAUGCAACCUAAGGAGGAGGAAAGAAGUGGAUUAUCUAAAUGUACUAAGUCAUGUAACAGUGGAUAUAAGAACUCAUUUACUGCGAAGGAAAAGAUUUUGGCGUUAGAUGCAGUAACUAGAAAAGGGCUCAGUGGGCUUUCUUUCCCAUACUUGUGGAUUGACAAAGCUGAUGUACUAAUUCAGUUAGACUUGUACCAACCAGCGAGAUUACUACUCUCAGAGGCAUAUAGUGCAACACAGGAAAUGAAUGACACACAUGCUGCCUCAAGAUGUUUGUACCUUCUUGCUGUAUUGGCUAAUCUGGAAAAGAAUCAUGGGCAAGCUAAGGCACUUCUAGAGAAGGCACAAUUAAUAGGAGGAAAUGAACAGUUUUGGUACAAUAGUACUCUGAGUCUCACACAGGCAAUUCUAGCACGUAACAUUUUGCAAAAAACUGUGAAGGUGUUCAGAUCUACAUUAGAAGAAAGACCUAACAGAAAGUCUGAAUUGGGUUUUAUAAUUACAUCCCUUGAAGCCAGGAAAACGCUUAUUCAAAUAAAAUAUGUCCAAGAUUUCAUGAAGGUUAGUACUGUGUCCUCUCAGUUAUCAAGUAUGCUACAGGAAUCAUAUGACGAAUUAAUUCAAAUUGAGGAGAACUUCCUUCUCUAUGGCUAUAAAGAUCACAGUGCUGAAAUCCUGCUCGAACGUGCAAAUAUUCACAGAACAAUUGCAACACAUAUGGAAGAUGAAGAAGAAAAGCAUAGUAACUAUCUAGAUGCAUUCAAGUUAGCUCAGAGAGCGGUAUAUGAAGGAGAAGAAGUGUUUAACAAUAUCUGGAGCUUGCUUCCAGGUCACGAGAUUCGAAAUACUAGUAUUCCAUUAAUGAGACGUCUUGCUAAUAUGAAGCUAAGUUUAGUGGAAAUUAAUUUGGAGAUUCUUGAUCUUGUGAAUGCUGAAAAAAAAAAGAAAGAACUGAGAAAAGGAUCACUUAAUCAAAUUGUUGAAGACUUUGUCAGGUUAACACCUGAUAGUGCUUCUGUGGAACAGGAAUGGAUAAACAUAGCACGUACUGUGGGUCACAUUGCGUUGGCUCAGUUAGCAAGUCUACAGAGUCUUUAUGUAGGAUGUCCUGAUGUCAAAUCCAAGUUCCUGUAUCUCACUGGAAAAGCUCUGCGUUUACUUGCAGUUAAAGUAGACCCCUUAAAUUCAGAUAUUUACUGGAAUGAAAAUGUUACGGAGGAAAUUAUAUUGAAAACCAUGAAGCCUCCCACAACCAAAGCAGAAUACAAUGAAUGUGAAAUGACAAGUAGAAGUUCUCCAAUUAAUAAAAAACAACAUGAUGAGCAUAGGAAGAAAGCAAAUGAAUUAAAGAGAAAACAGAUUUUGGCCCAAAGAUACUUCUCUCAAUCCAAUGAAGUUUUGCUUCAGUGCAUGAAUGUUGCAUUCAGUAACAACAUAAUCGAUUGCCUGGCUGCUGCUAGCCUUGAAAUUAUUGAAUGCAUUGGACGAUUUGAUCAGGUUUCAAGUAGCCAGUUUUUGGCCCUUCAUCAGAGCUGUUCAUCGUCUAUGAUGAUGAAGGAUAUUCUGCUAGCAGCCACUUCUGAUACUAGCAGCUCUCAGCUGGCAGCACUGUUGCAUCUUCAGCAUCAUUUAAAACAAAAGGGAGACAUAACCAGUAAUCUUCUCAAAAAUGUGGAGCAGAGGCUAACUGCUACCUCAAAGGCAUGGGGAAAUCUCUGUGUUCUUGCUCAACAUUUUAACAUCAUAAAUGAAUUGCCAUCAAUCUUCCGUAUAAUCAUUCUCCAACAUUCAAGUGACAGAUCAAUGUUGUAUAGUGCAAUGAUUGUUAAGCAAAAACUCAGUAGCGGACAACAGAAAGGAAAACCAGUUCAACCGACAUUGCGAGCUAAACUUUCUCGUUUUCCUGUGAAUCCUGAUACAAUCUUGAUUUUGUUGGAAAAAGUACGUCUUUACAAACAGGAAAUGAUGAAUACUAUCCUCAGACAGGAAUUACAAAAUAAAUGUCAUGGAGAGAAGUUUGACUUUCAACAAUGGCCAGAAACUACUUCCAAAAUUGAUAUGAAUUUAACAGAAAACAUAAGUGAAAAUGAGAAAAAUUUCUCUGAAAUUUUAAAAGCCAUGGAAGAAUAUCUGAAACCAGUUUUGUCAGUAUUUGAUUUCACUGAUUCUAGACAGCAGAGUCCAUCAGUGUCAACUGCAGAGUCAGGAAAAACAAAAGCCAAAGAUAAGGAGACAAAAUAUACUGGAUUACAAGGUGGACCUGUGGAUUCAGGUGAUUGUGUGAUAUUACUGGCAGACAGUCUACUUAUGGAACUACCUCUGGAAGCUCUGAGUAUCUUUCAAGAGGAGGUAAUAAGUUCUGUAUCCAGAGACUUUUCUCUCCAAAUUCUCUACAGUCGAAUACAUGUAGAAGAACCAGAGAAUGACGUAAAAAAGGAUCCUAAAAUUCCAAAGGAAUCAAAACCAAAAGCGGAUCAGAAAAAGAACGUCAAAAUGGUACCUAUUAAUCGUGUUCUACCUCCUAACUGCCUGUCUGUUGAUACACACAAUUUGAAAUAUGUUGUGGAUCCAUAUAAUGAAGCAAAAGAUGCAGAAGCAGUAAGUCCUUCCCAAAAAAUAAAGGAAAUCAUAGAAAAAUACCAAGACCAAUUUACACCACGGUGGGAAGGAAUUACUGGCACUAUGCAUGUUCCAAGUCAAGCUGAGUGGGAGCAGCUACUGAGUAACUGCAGUGCAUUUCUGUUCUAUGGAAUGGAAAGAUUCUUGUGUCAUAUUUUACUUAACAGAUUCAUUGCCAUGAACAUCCCAGAAUGCCAGGUGAUGAUACUUUUAGAUCUGAUGCAGUCAAAUCAGAGUUUACAACGACUGGCAAAGCUUGAUACAUUAAAAAGUCAUCUACAUAUGUCUAUUGAGAGACCAACAGAAACAGCAGUCCUUCUAAGCCUUACUGGUGUUCGAUCCAUUAUGGCCAACCAGUGGUAUACGACCCUACAAAAGAAUGCAAAAAGGCUGGAAAUCUUGUCUGAAAAUUUGUUACAAAGUGGAAAAACAACUGGCCAGGCCAUUCGUAGUCUUCAAAAGUAUAAGACUGAAGUGGAAAAGUCACCAACUACAGUGGAAGAGAACCCUAAGAAUUCUUCUACUGAAGAAAUCGAAAACCAAUUCACUUCCAAUCAGUCAAAUCUUCCUGCAAUUCAGCCAUCAUCUUUCAAUUGUAUAUUAUAUGGGCUACCCAACAUAAUUUUUAUGUGAACGAAUACAUGUCAGGCUUCUUUAUGAAAAUAGAACCACAACAAGUAUACGUGGUAUUGGCCUUGUCUUGAAGGCUAGCAUUUAGCCAGUCAUGUUAGGUAUUUUUUGUAUAAGAAUUGGCAUGCAACCUAUGUUAAAAUAAUUAGCUAUUUUAUAGUUAUGUACUGAUAUUAUAGAAGUGUCAUGAAAAUAUCAAGAGUUUUCAUCAGAGCUUUGUGUUAUUGAAAAUAUCUAUUUCUCUUUGCUGUUCUGUUACUGAUUAAAGUAUUU